GUUUAUGUAAAAAUAAAGAAACAAUCUAUAUUUUCUUAAAGGCUGUUUUGACGUCAACUUUUUCUUCUUUCAGAGUCGUAUUUUGCGUGACCUUUCCUACCAGUUCCUUUCAGAGCUCGCGAAGAAAAUGCGUACAAUCCACUAUAUCCCCGGAGACGCAAUCAUUAAACGGAACACAAUCAGAUCAUCUAUCAUAUAUAUCACCUAUGGAGAUGUUGAGAUGCUAACAGCCGAAGAUGAUUCAACAGCGAUUCUUCGGAUGGCUCGUGGUACAAUUUUGUCCCCGCAAGCAGGCUGCCCGGCCGCAUGCACGCGUGCGCAUGUAGAAAUAAGGGCUGCUACGUUCUGUAUCGCACAUGUGUUGCAUGCGUCUGAUUUGUGGAAGACAGCAUUGAAAUAUGGACAGAAGGAACUUAUUUUGGCUUCUUUUUAUGAGCACUUGGAAAGAGUUAGGCGACACUACUGUUGGAAAAUCCCCGAAAAUGCUGCAUAUAAGAGUAGCAUCUUACAUUUCAAACGCAAAUUAAUGAAUUUGAAGGAAGCGAAAAUCGGGGAGACACCUCCACUAGCGAAGACAGAUGUGAUGAUGGAAAUAGCUGGUUCUUAUAUUAUGAGAAAUAGAGCAGAUGCAUCCCUGACGGAGGAAUCCGACGCCAUAUGCCUACGAAUGACGUUCCCGUGUAUUUUACAGCCAACCUCGUCGCUACAAGUCGUAUGGAAUUCAUUUGUGACAUGCAUAAUACUGGCUGUUUGCCUAACUCAUCCAUACUACCUGGUGUAUAAGAAAGAGGUACCGCUUCAGUUCAGGUUCUAUGACUACAUCGUGAGCAUUAUCUUCACACUCGACCUAAUCAUACACCUCUCCACGGCUGAGAAUGUUGAAGAUGGUGUACCUAUAACCCUUGCCCAAACAGCGUCCCUACAAGCACGAAGCAAAUGGUUUAUGCUUGAUGUUAUAGCCACGUUGCCAAUAUUCGAAUUUACUACUGAAGGGCAUUUUGCUGGGAUUAAUAAAAUACUCAGAUUACAUAAGGUAUUUCGAACGCUUAAAGCCAUUGAAGACGAGUGCGUAUAUCACAGCAAUACCCUGAGAUUCCUUUCUUACUCACUACUCCUUCUAAUUGCCUGUUAUCUCCUCGCGGCAUUACAACAAGGAUUUAUGUGUUAUGGCUUUGGUUACUGCUUAGUGACGAAUAUAACUCAUUCCCCAUACUGGACCCCUAAGCCUCUAGAUGACACAGUUGAAAGCCGACUCACUUUCAGCCUCUAUUGGUCAAUAUCUAUGAUUACUUUUACUUCUCACAAACAAGACUUCGGCGCAGCCAACGCUCUAAGUGUGGUGUAUGUAAUGUUUGUCCUGGAACUAUGCAUCGUGCUACACAUAUUUAUCGAAGCUGUCUAUUCUGCUACUAUCAUGGUUACCACAGCUAUGAGGGAAAAUUACGACGCGUGUAUUGAGAACGUCACCAACUUCCUAAACAAAAAUGAAGUGGAACCCAUACUAACGAAAAGAUUCAAGUCUUAUCUUGAGCUUUGCUGGUACACCGAUAAGGCGUAUUCGAUGACUAAUAAAAAGAAGUCAAUAUUUCACGACUUGCCGCCACAUGUACACCAAGACAUUGUGACGAGGCAAAGAAGCAAAUAUAUGCUGUGCAUACCAUUUAUGAAGCUACUCCACAAAGAGGAAUUAAAAACUAUAGCAUCGAACGCAACCUUAUUUUGCACUUGUCCAAAUGAGAUACUAUUAAACACUGGAGACAUUUCUAAUGAGAUGUAUGUCGUUAAACAAGGGAUAUGUGAAGUGUUGUGUCCAAUAACAAAAACUGUUGUUCGUGAAUUAACCACGAGACAUCAUUUUGGUGUGGUUGUUUGUUUGCUGAUUACGAAUACUUUUCAAAACAAACAUCGAAUUCCUUCAUUUUACACUAUCAGAGCAGUGACGCACGUCCAAGUGUUCUCUAUAUCCAGAAAGUUUCUGAAAAACAUAGACGAAAUACCACAGAUUAAAGAUGCUAUUGAAUUUGCCAAAGAACAACCGGAGUUCGAGUUCCUUCAGAUGCCGUUUCCAUCAUUUGUGACAUAUGUUCCUCCAAAACCCAUACCUAAUGUGGAACGAUUUCCAUUACCUAGGAAACAUGAGAAGGACUCUGCAUUUCUACACCCAUUUAAUAGACUUGGUUUCUUAUCUAUAUUAAGGUACAUAUUUCCACGUUACACAAUACGUCCUGACGGACCGUAUUUGGCUCGCUACGAGUGGUUCCGAGCUGCGUGUGCGUUGAUUAGUGCUAUGGUCUUUCCUGCCUGGACAUACUUGAUUCUUCAGUUCGAGAACCUUUACUAUCUCAAAAAUUUUCUAGAUUUUUCUGCUUAUUUGGACAUUUUACAAAGAGUUCUGGUGGGAUACUACAAUGAUAAGGGUCUACUGGUGUAUCAUCCGGCAAGUACAGCAGCUCACUAUUUAAAAGGCACCUUUCUCAUUGAUCUCCUUGCAUGCCUGCCCUUAGAAAACCUGGAAAUUGUGAUUAAGGAGACCUAUGAAGGGAGGUACUUCUUACGUCCUACCUCACAAUACCUAUCCUUGAACCGGCUCAUACAGCUUUAUCGCACGCCGAGCGCUCUCCUCACAUUGAAGGGAUGCGUGCGAAAGGAUAUUAUUAUUGUACUGAAGGCGAUUCCCCCAUUCUUAGCUCUACUAAAUGUGCUUACGUGUUUAAUUAUUUUUAAUUCUGUGAAAGUUGGAUUUGAUGAUGCGGACUACCAACUUGUACCAUUUGGCGAUGAAGGUGGAUCAUGGAUAAAUUUAUACAGGAAUGUUUUUCGUUUCAACAUCACUGAAAAUUCCUGGAACCUACAUCUGGCGACGUAUUUCUGGGUGGUUUACGAGACAACCAGUACGGGAUAUAAUACAUUUAGCCCUAGUAACUUUAUAGUCAUGAGGAUUUUGAUUGCUGGAAUGAUUAUUGGAGCAAUGAUAACUACUUACUUCUCCGUUCGCGUCAUCAGCACUCGUGCUAAUGUCAAUAAGGCACUGGCUUCUUUCCAACAGCAUAUGCAGGAUAUUGAGAGGUUCAUGAAGAAGGAAAAUUUGGAGCCUGCGCUGAAAAGACAAGUUUUAGAGUAUUAUAAACUAAACUGGGAUAACAUGGGUGGCAUGGACUAUCGAAAAGUAUUAAAACUAUGCGACCACAUCACACUACGUACUGAUGCCAUUGUCUUCAUCUAUGGACCUACAUUUUCAAAGUGUCCAAUUGUAAAGAAGAGCGACAUAGCGUUAUUAAGGAUUAUAGGGCGGGCUGUACAUACGCUCCACUUCCUAAAGGACACGUGCAUCAUAUCGCAGGAUGACGUCACAUCCGAUUUAUAUAUUGUUGAUCAAGGAGUCGUGGAACUGAGAUAUUAUGACAAUGAUGGCAUCAUUGAAAGGGUUAAGUUAGGGAAAGGAAGUCUAUUUGGUAAUUUACGAUGUCUUGUGACCAUGCGUAGUACGGUAGAAGUGGUAUGUGUGACCCAAGUACAUCUAUUGUAUAUGAAUACCGUUAAGUUUUACAAAAUCAUCGCUGAAUUUCCCCAUAUUCUUGAUUUAUUGGAAGAAUACCUAGGCCGUAAUGAGAACUAUGUAAUGGGAACUGAGGAAGUUAUAGAAUUUAAUACAAAGGAAGUGAACACUUCUUUAAUAUGGACAAUUUUCCAAAAGUUUAUCGCUGUAACCCAACAUCAAAUCUCAAUCGUACAAAUUUACCUGAUUUUCAUUUCUCUUGGAUGUAUCUACGCUGAUGUGUAUAACGCUGGUUUUCAAGAUAAUCGUACAAGUUUAGUAGUCGCAUUGUAUUUAAUGGAUUUGGGAUUUUUAUGGAAGUUUUUAAUUUAUAUUCUCAUGCCAUAUUCUGGGAACGAGAUGGUGGCCUCAAUUUGGAAGGAAAGACGCAAAUAUUUAAAACGUGAAUUCAAGAUGGAUUUGAUAUCAGUUAUACCGUUCGAAGCUCUUUCAUUAUUCAGUGUAACUAACAGAUGGUUGGUGUUUUCAAGUUUCCGCCUAAAUCGACUGUUUCGAAUCGUAACCGUAUACAAAUGCCUUCAAAAGCGUCAUGAGAGUAUUUCAGUAAACCUGAUAUUUACGACGACUGUAUCCGUGUUUAUUUGGAUGACGUUAUUCAUCCAUGUAUCCACUUGUAUCUGGUAUUUUAUUGGCGUUAUGGAAGAGGAUAUUUCACCUAAGUCCUCUUGGUUCUAUGAUGUUAAAGGUCGUCCUCUUUGUCAGAGUAAAUAUAUUUGUUCUUUGUACUUCGUAUUAACCACCUUUACACAAAAUGGAGUCGGUGAUAUUUUGCCAAAGAAACAAUCUGAGGUUAUAUUUGUUUCAAUACUUCAGCUAGUAUCUACAAUGGUAUAUAUGAUAUAUGUCGGUGAAUUCUCAAAUAUUAUACAGUAUUAUUCAUUUCGGUCUUUUGGAUAUUAUUGCAAGAUUAUCGAACUGCAGGAAUUCCUCAAAAAUAACCGUGUCUCCCAAAACUUAGUAAAACUGGUUCACAAAUACUCGCUGCACCUUUGGUCGGAAUCCCGCGGUGUUCAGUUACCAGAAUUUUUAAUUAAUGCGCCGAACGGUCUCAAACUUGAGGUCAUGUCUGCGGCGUACUUGUACCAUUUACAUGCUCAUCCUAUAUUUAGGAACUGCGAGCCAGUUUUCUUACGACAGUUAGUUGGUUGCUUUAAGCUCUUUACUUAUAGCAAAGGGCUAUAUGUUGUAAAAGAGAACGAGAGAACGGACAGCCUUUACUUCGUUCAUUCAGGACGCGUUCUAGAAACUACCGAACAGAAUUGCAUCACUCGACUAUAUUUUGCUGGAGAGGACUUUGGAACGCUUCAUGGUCUUGUUCACAAUCUUCCCUAUACACACUCUUAUGUAACAGUAAUGAAUUCGCAAGUAUUAUCACUGUGUCUAAACGACUGGGAACAUUUAUUACAGCAUUUUCCUGACAGUAAAGAAGUUAUUGAAAAAUCAUUGACGAGAGAUGACAAUUCACCUGACGAUAAAAUAGAAAAGGAAAAAAAAGAACGAAGGGUUACAAUAUACCACGAUUUUAAACACUCAUCUAAAGAAAAGAUAAAUUCAGGGAAAUUAAAACCCCUUUCCAAUAAAAGAAGCGAAGAGGCAACCGAAUCGCAAGGUCAAUCAAGUGAUGAUUCAAACACGUGGCCUGUUGAUAAUCGGCAAUCUCUAGCAGAACAAAAUCUCAAUACCUAUGAGCCGCCUAAAGAGGUUCCCUUUGCUAUAAAAUCUUCUGAAGAUGUCUCAACUGUUGAUCGAAGGGAAAUAGAAUCGGCGAAUAAACUAACUGACCAAGAUGUUUUAAAUGAAGAAGAAGAAGCUACAGAAGCGAUUUUAGCUCGGAUGGAAGCAGUUAAUGAUUCUACUCAAGAAAAUAUAGAUUCCCUACCUUUAGUAGGAGACAAAACUUUAAACCGAGAGGUUUCAAAUGCUAAUUUGGAUGUUAAGCAAAUGAAAAGCGUUGACGAAUAUAUUUUGGGACGAUAUGGUGAAUAUGCAUCAGUAACAGACUCAAGUGAAAAGAAUGAUGUACAGGAAGUAACCGACGACACAUUUGAUGCUCCGACGUCUACAUCACGUCUAAAGCAAAGUAUACAUGUAAAGUAUAAUGAGAUGAGUGAAAGAAAAAGUUCAACGAUAGAAUUGCAUGAAUUAAAGCCAAUGCGAGAUUUGUCCACAGAUGAAAGGAAUUUCAAGUCCCUUGAUAGUGAUACAGAUCCAAAUACGACAACAACGACGAAUAACGAAGAUGAUAAUAAGAGUAUAAUAACUCGAUUAUCAGCGGAGAGCGACAGCGAUUCAUCUAUCAAUAAGAAAAGAACCAGCUCCAAAUAAUAACUAAUAGUAUUUGAAAAUAUUUUAUAGUUAUCUGACUUUACUAAUUAAUUUUCAUGGCAUUACAAGUAUUAUAGUUUCAUAAAAAAUAUUAAAAAAAAAUAUUUUUCAUAGUCAUGAUGCACACAGACAUAUUCAAAACGCACCCCUAAUAAAGGGAAUUAUAAAACUGAGUGGAAGUUUUUUUGACCUAAUUAAUAAAAUAUUUUUUUUGUGUAACCGAUUCAAGCACUACUA